GAGGAGAGGUACCGUUUGCGUGUGGUAGGCGGUUUUUUUGGCCUGUACUCUCACUAGCCGGGAGAGCCAGCCAAGCCCCAAAGGCACUCAGUCGUCAUGGCCUUGAAAUCUGAAGACCUCAGUAGUGGGUUCCGGCAUGACAAAGUGAUGGCUUUCAUCAACGAGAGGAUGUCCAGGCACGCGAAAGGCCCUGAGUUCUACCUUCAGAAUCUGUCUCUGUCGUGGGAGAAGGUGGAGGACAAGCUCAGGGCCAUCUUGGAGGACCGGCUGGUGCCCAGCCAGGCCAAGGAGGCCUGUGCCUGGAGCAGCCUGGCCCUGGGAGUGCGCUUCGCCCACAAGCAGAGCCAGUUAUACAGACACAGGGUGCAGUGGCUGCACGACUUCGCCGGGCUGCACAGGUCAGCGGCGCAGGCGUUGGCCUCAGACCUGAAGUUGCUCACGGCACAGCACGAGGUGGAACGCAAGGAGGCGGCCUUCCGGCUACAGCUGGUCCAGGACAGCCUGGUGGAAGUGCAGAAAGAGCGGGACCUCCUGAAGUGGAAGCUCUUCAAGGCCGAGCUGCGGUCUUCCCAGGCGCCAGUCGCAAAGGGGCCAAGCCUGGUCACUGCCAGUGGGGCUGGAACAGAAGGAACAAGUGAAGAGGAAGAGGAGGAGGAGGCAGGGGCCACUGCUACUACUGCUGCGGCUUCAGAAGCCACAGGAGAAGGAAGACAGGAGGAUGCAGAGGGGGCGGAAGCUGCCGAGGGGGCAGAAGAUCUGAGUAUAGACCUUAUGCAGCUUCUUGGAGUUGUAGACCAGAAAAAUUACACCUCUGGCGGGCAGAGUGAGGUAGAUUUCAGGUCAGUGGAAACAGCCAUGUAUUCUUUCUCUGGGAUGCUCAAGCCCGAGGCAACAGUCUCUCCUGAACCCCUUCCUGUCCAGCUCCCUGCCUCAUUCACAUAUUCAUACUCAUGCCCCUUAGCCCCCUUCCCGGACGCACCAACACCAUCCCCACCCACAUCUCCACCACAAGCACCGUUCACAGCAGGAGCUUCAUCUCAGACAUCUCCCUACUGGGGAUCCUCUGAUUUUAGCUUGUGGUCUGAUGGAAGGAUCCAGGGAAUAGACCCUCAAGAAGGAGACAGGAGCGAUUCUGAUCCCCUUCAGCAGAUAAGACUUCCAGUAUUUAGCAGGCCUGGGAAUUGGGACUGCCCUUGGUGUAAAUCUGUGAAUUUUUCACUGAGUGGUAGUUGUUUCCACUGUGGAAAGUGUAUCUGACUAUAGAGCCCUCAAGUGAAUUCAGAAAUGUGAAACAGCAAAAAUAUAUCCAGAGGGGGGAAAGGUGGGUGGGGGGUGGGUGGGUGGUGUGAAGUCAGGGGAAGAGUGGAAGAAUAAGGUUGGGGGAGGAGGGUAGGAGUUGGGGACGGUGUAGACUGUCUGCACCGUCCCCAACUCCUACCCCAUCUCCCACCCUCGUUGACCUCAACCCUUUGUGUUCCAGGGGCUUCCCUGGUGGUGCAGACAGGAAGGAAUCUGCCUGCAAUGCAGGAGACCCUGGAUCAAUCCCCUGGAUCAGGAAGAUCCUCUGGAGAAGGAAAUGGCAAUCCACUCCAGUAUUCUUGCCUAGAGAAUUCCCUGGACAUAGGAGCCUUGCAGGCUACAGUCCACAGAAUCGCAAAAAAGUCACACACGACUGAACGAGUAUCCACACCCCAGAACUGCUGCAGUUUCUAUUUGUAUUUCUUUUCCCAACUCUAGUUAUCUGUUGGACCUGGGCAGCCAGUAUAUAACACUCCCACUCCCUACCCCCGCCCCCACACUAAGCUGUAGAUGAUUGGACCAGGAAUGGACAUUUGACCAAUCCUGAGCCAAAUGUUCUCACAUGGGACAUGUGACCCAUCCUGAACCAAAUAUCCUGAGAAUCUGAACAGAGGCAGAUUCCAUAGUUCGGAGGGUGUUGGGAAGUGAAGCAGUGGGUCACUGGGAGUCGGGGUCAAGGUCACACUCAUGAACACCGAGGCCACAGCUGAGACCUGGCCCUGGCUGUGGGGUAAUAGAACUGUGUGCUUUACAGAAGCCAAGUGUCUUUUAGAGAAUGACACUAUGAGGGCCCAGGGGGCAGAGAGGCACAGAGAAGCAGAGAAGAGUUGAUCCUGUGACCCCAGAGAUGGAGAGUGACAGCCUGAUCACUUUUCCACUUCCUGCAAUUUUGCUGAGUGAAAAUUCAUAGCAAUCCUCUUUUCUUUAAGCUAACUUGAGCAAGUUCUUGUUCUGGGCAACCAGAUUUUAGCCAAGCCAGAAGUUUAUACCAGAAGAGAAGUUGCAAACUGUAAACCAUUAAAGAAGAUGUUGGAACUGACUGGUGAGGUGCAUCAGGGAGUGAUGGGUAGUGGGGAUUCCUGUAUCCCAAGGCUGCAGGAAUGAACUGGACAAGAAGCUUAUUCAUGUUCUGAGUGAAUUACGUAAGAAACAAUUAAAGCAGGCCUGAGGUUAACCCUGGGCUUACAACAGGGCAGAGAUUCACCACCCCUAAGGGAAUCCCUCAGGGCUUUGUACAGAGGACGCCAGAGCCAGCUGCAGACAAAGACUGCUAUCGUUGUUCAGCCUCAUGAGAGAGAAUCCUCCCCAGUCCCCACUUCCAACUGGGGACAGGCAGAUCUGAACAGGAAACUUGUGCCACUUUCAAGCCCACAGAUGGAAGGAUGGAUCAAACUCAGACGGAGAAGCCCUGGACAUCACCUGGGAACUGUGGACCUAGGUACUGAAGCUGUCAUAACCUGGGACACCUCUGCAGUAACUGGAUGUGACUUUGGGCUAUAUCCGGUCAG